UCAGUUUGCGCUGCUCUCUGUUGGUGGAAGGUUGUCUGUCUUCCAUAUAAUCUUGUUCCGAGAUCAACAUUUCACGUUACGGUUUACCAGUGUUUAAAAGAGGACAGAACUGUUAGAAAUUUAUUCCUCUCAGUACACAGAUCGGCGACAUGGGCUAAGUUAAACCCUGUGGACGUUUUAUUUUUCGUUGCUUAUAAGUUUUUUCGAGUGAUGUAUCAAUCGUAUACACCUGUUUUAUCCGUGUUUAUUUCGAACUGUAAACCACCGAGACUACGAACUUGUAGUUAAUGACAGAAGUACAAGUGUUUUGUGUGUUUGUUUAGUUUAGAACUUUUAUUUAUUUUCAAAGACAUAAGUGAUAUGGCUAAUACUAGUGGAGGAGCUGUGCAUUACGCGCAACCACAACAACAACAGCAGCAGACUAACAAUCCAUACCAAUGCAAAGAAUGUGGAUUGUUCCUGAAUUCGGCCGAAUCUUUGGAUGUCCAUCUCCAGUACACCCAUAAAGAGAAUGUGCUCACUAAAUGGAGUAGUGGUGGUAUUAUUAAACAAGAGGAAAACAACAAUGCAAAAUCAAGCAUGUUGAAACGUGAGUUCGCAAUGAAUAACAGUAAUUCUUCAGAUAAUUCUGAUUCCGUUGCCAAAUCAGAAGUUGAUUAUAGUAGAACCUCCCCUGUUUAUGGGCAUCCGCCUACACCCCAAUCAAAUCAUAGUUCAUCCCCUUAUCAAAGUCACGAAAAUUCAGCAUUCUCCCCUCAUUAUCAACAUUAUCAACAAGUGAAAGUCGAGCAAUUAUCCCCCAAUCAUCAAUAUCAUUCUAACUACCCCCAUAUCAAUGAACAACAAUCGUUCUACCCCAUCCCUCAAUUAGAUUCAGUUAAUCAAAAUCAAGUUUACGAACAAGAUUAUCAUCAGUCCAGCUCUCUUAAUUCUUAUCGAUACAAUCCAUAUCAACGACCUUCGCAAUCCCAAAUUUCGUCAGUUCAACUCUCUUCCGGUCAAGUGUACCCUCCUCAACCCACCCCAUCUCCAAGUCCACAAACCUGUGAUAAAUGUGGCUACGUAUGCAACUCAGCAUCCCAGUUGGUGGACCACAUCAACAUGGCACAUCCGCCAACACCUGCCCCUCAUCUGAAUUCGUAUCAAGGAAAUCCACAUUAUUUGUUUGGCAAUGAGGGUCAGCAAAUGCAUAGUCAGAUUAAAGUAGAGGAGCAAAGCGAGAUCUUAGAUUUGGACUCGCAUCAAGUUUUCUCGAAAGAUGAUAAGAGAAACGGUUCCAACCAGAGCCAGAUUCCACACAAUAUUUCGUCGUUGGUGGGAAAUUGGUCCCAGCCUAACGAUAACAUGCAAGCUCAACACCAAGAUAGAAUGGCUAUGGUAAGUGAACACAUCAAGAGAUUCGACCCAGCUGUUCAUCAUGUUCCGGAUUUCCUAUCCAAUGGAUCAGCGCUAACUCAAAGAUUAUCACCUACGUCUAGUUUCGGAGGCUACGAGCACUUAUCAUCUCCGCCAACAACUUCCGUUAUGUCUCCGUCACAACAAGUUCCUACUGCGCCACCUACUGCUCCCCCUACAGCACCGACAACAAAAAGUGCUAGUUGGAAGUCAAACGAAGCCAGAAGACCAAAAACCUACAAUUGCACCGCUUGCAAUAAAUGGUUCACAAGUUCUGGCCAUUUAAAGAGACACUACAACACCACGCUGCACAAGAACGCAGUUAAAUCCAGUGGUCAACCUGAUCCAGCGUCUCUUCCGAUCAGCGCUCAUCAUCACCCAGCUAGAGAUAACGCCAACAGUAGGGAUGGAAGCACCUCGAACAGCCCUAACGGCGAUUCAAGAUUGGACGAUGGAAGCAACCCACACAUGCCUCAGCCUCAUCUCGAUAGGCCGGCAACCAUGUCUGGUCACCUCCAACAACCACCAAAUGGACCAUACGACCGACAGCCCGCAGUUCCACCGAGCUUUCUCCAGAGCCCAACCCUGGUGAGCCCAAUGCUAAGCUUGAACAAUCUGACAUCUAAUGGCAAUUCCCCAAACGGGGAAGCAGGCCCCUCAACAGCAAUGAACAUGGAGUCGAGGGGUCUGCUCCCAAUCAGUACCAAUUCUCACACUAUCCCCCCUGGUUUCAGUAUGGCGCCCCAUCUAAUGCCUAUGGAGCCCAGCCAGUUUCAGAUCUACCCAAACGAGGAGGCCCCCCACGUUACGCAGGAUAUGGCUAUCAACAGCCUCAAUACUACUGGUGAGGAGUUUAUCAACACCAGCUUCAACCGUACUUCGCAGAUAUUGCCGAGUUUCGACGAGAUCCAAUCUCUGCGCUACGGACAUAGGAGUUACGAUGAUGCGAACGUGGGGGGCGGGGCUUCGGCAACGAACCCUUAUCUCUUCAUGAAUGAAAGUUAUGAAAACGCGGUGGCCAUACCAGAGGACUUCAACAAGGAGAAUCAGUUCGACGACAAUCGACUGACCGAGACUGAUGGAGGCAUAUACGUAUAUCCAGCCGAUACGUUGUACGUGCUUGCCGACUCCCCUUACCUCGACUUGGCCAACAACAACAAUUUGGAGGGCACCAAAUGGAGUCCCGAACUAGAAAUUUUGAUGCCCAAAGAGGAAAUCCCGGUAGAAAGCACUUCCAAAGCGAAGCCGGCUAAAGAGAAGCCUGUCGGAGAGUUUGUAUGUGUUGAGUGUGAUAAGAAAUUCAAUAAAGCUUGCUACUUGACCCAGCACAACAAGAAUUCGCACUCUGGAGAAAAACCCUUCAAGUGCACCAGGUGUGGAAAGAGAUACCACGACCAGGCUGCUUACGAGACCCAUAUAUCCAAACAUGGUGAUGACAAACCGCACAAAUGCCACAAGUGCAGGAAAAUGUUCAAUCACAAGACCGAUUUGAGACGACACAUGUUUUGUCACGCUGGAAUCAAACCGCAUUAUUGUGAAACCUGCCAUAAAGGUUUUAUUAGGAAGGAUCACAUGCUCAAACACUACGAGACUCACAAACGUAGGGCGAUGAUGAAGGCCGGAGGUUCAUCGUCCAAGAGGAGACGGUGAUCUUCUAGAAUUCUAGCACUUUGGCACUUUCUUUCUAAAUGUUGUAAAUCUAGUUCAAUAUUUUUAUUACUUGUACAUAUAAUUUUAUAUAACAGACCUCGUGAAUUAUUCCUAACAUUUUCGAAAGAUCUUAAGGAUUACAGAGUAAAUGUAACUUGAAUUGCUCAACAUUGAUUAUUCACAAUAAUUCAAUUCAAUACCUAACUCAGAACAGCAAUACCUCAGAAUCUCAGAUGAAAUAGAAAUAUUAAAUAUUUAUAUCAGAUUAUAUUAUCAAGUGGAUGUACAAAACUUUAGAUUGAAAUAUAUUGAUAUUGUAUAAAUGAUAGAUUUUAGAAUUUUGUCAGUUUUUCGCUUUUCACAAAAAAAUGUUGAUAUUUGCACCUUGAACUAUCGGCCUUGGAAUUCCAUCGCAAUCUUCAAUUAUUUUUGUUUUUUUUUUAAUAAUGCCAACUCAGGAAAAAAUCAAUUCUUCUGUGAUGUUGCCGAUGAGAAUCAAUCAUAUUUUCAAAUAGGAUACUGCCUAAAAUUGUAAAUAUAUGAAACCUCAACUUGAACUUUUGAAACUGCCGAAAACAUUUUUUUGUGAAACGUUUGUUGAUUAACGAAAAUUUCAAAACGAGAAUUUAAUGUUUUCCAAUUUUUCAACUGAAAAAAGGGUGUUUGUCCGUGAAUUGAAGUAAUAAUACGCAAUAAUGUAACAACGCAUAUUUUGAUAUUUGUUCAAGAAACCCGUUUACAAAAUGUGUAAAUAUUUUCUUUUAGAUCUAUCAUUAAUGACGAAUCUACCUCAGUUACGAAUCCACAUUACUUGAAUUUGGUGCCAAUUGAGUGUUUUAUGUUAUAACCCUCUCAGGGUAUUGCCACCAACGACUUUGACACUUACUUUGUAAUACUAAUUAACCGAUGAAAAACUUUUUGAUGCUCUCACCCAUUACCUAGGUAAUUGCCAGAAAAGGAACCUGAAGACUUUGAUUUAUUAGGGUGAAUACGUUGGUCGAUAUGUGAUAUUUUUAUUGGUGUAGUGAAAAGUAUUUUUUGUAUGUGUCAACUUCUCGUAAGGUGGCAAAAAAACGAAUGUGCAAUUUCAAUGUUAUGCGCCAGGAUCUGUGAGAGUUACCAGAAAAAACUUUUCUGUUUUUUGAUAGUUGAAUAUGUGAUCUAUGUUAAUUUAAUUCGUAUGACUUUUCUGGCGCAUAUUUUCCUGCGGUUCUUUGUAUUUAAGACGUUACCGCCAUUGUAAAACUUUUCUUAGACUGACUUUAUAUUUGUAUCUUUGUAUUUUGUUAUUUUAAUUGUAUAUAUUAAAUGUAUAAUUGCGAGGGUCUUUUGUUAAUAAACCAUUUUCUGUUGACAUACCAAUGAACAAAUAAAUAUUAUACUGGUUUUAAAAAAUG